AUGUUAAAGGGUCCUUGUCAGCCUGGAGAUCAUGACUUUCCAAAACGACAAUUUGGAGUAACAAUUAGACGAUUCAAUCCUUCGUGGUUUAAAGAGUUCAGUAGUUGGUUGGAGUACAGUAUAGAGAAGGACGCUGCUUAUUGUUUGUAUUGUUAUCUUUUCAAAACAAGUUCUGAAAAACAAGGUGGCGGUGAGUCUUUUGUUGGCGAAGAACAAGCAAGAAGUGCAUAUGUUACACGUCUUAAUGCAUCCAUUGAUUGUGUUCGAGUUCUUUUGCGACAAGGGCUCUCAUUUCGAGGUCAUGAUGAAUCUGAGGAUUCUCUCAAUCCAGGUAAAUUCUUAGUGCAAUUGCAAUUUUUGGUUGCUCAUAAUGAAGCUAUUAAUGCCGUUACAUUGGGAAAUGCUCCUCACAAUUGCAAAUUGACAUCACCUGAUGUUCAAAAGGAUAUAGUAAAUGCUUGUGCCAUUGAAACGAUCAAUGUUAUUAUCAAAGAUGUUGGGGACUCAUUAUUUUCUAUUCUAGUUGAUGAAUCUCGUGAUGUGUCAAUGAAAGAGAAAAUGUCUAUUGUUUUACGUUAUGUAGACAAUAGUGGGUAUGUCAAUGAACGCUUCAUAGGGAUUGAACAUGUUACAAGUACCACGGCUCUAUCACUUAAGACUGCAAUUGAUAAGGUAUUUUCUAGAUAUAACUUGAGCAUGUCUAGACUGAGAGGACAAGGUUAUGAUGGAGCAAGUAAUAUGCAAGGUAAGUUUAAUGGUCUGAAGACACUAAUUUUGAAGGAGAGUCCAUGUGCCUUUUACAUUCACUGUUUUGCUCAUCAACUCCAACUUGCACUUGUGGCUGUGCCAAAGAAGAACAUCCCUAUUACUAACUUCUUUCGUGUGGUUGGGGACGUGAUAAAUACUGUUGGAGCAUCUUCCAAACGUUGUGAUCUUCUUCGAGAAAAACAGUUAGACUUUAUUGUUGAGGCAUUGGAAAAGAUGUACUUGCAACGAUUGUUGAAGAUGAAUCUUGUUCUUAUGAUUAAAGAUCUGAUGCAAUAA